AUGGUCUAUUUUCGCGACAAAGAACGCAAUCGAGAACGCGAUCGCGAUCAAAAUAAUGGCGCCGUUGUCGAACGCAUCAUUCAUGACGAGGAGUUCGGUGAAGAAAACGUGGAAUUGGUCGAUUCCGAAUGGGCCGAUUUUGAGAAAUUCAUACGUGAAUUGCGCCAACGUCGUUCCAGUACCAUUUCAAUGGAGGAAGAGCUAAGACAUGCCCAACGACCGACACGUGUUAAAUCGCAGGCAUUUUAUCCUUGCCCACCGCCAGCUGAACACAGUCGUGACUCGGAUUCAUCUUCGGACGAUGAUGAUCCCUUUGGAUAUAUCGAUACCCUAAUGUAUGGUCGCUACACCAAAGAUUUAGGAGAAUUUGCCAAAGAUGAAGCCAGAAAACUCAAACUACUGCAGAAACGACGAAAGUUGGAGGACAAACAGAGGAACAAG